AUGGAGUCUCGAGUGAUUUUUGUUUGUCUGUUUGUUACUGCCGUCGUCUGCGGAGUGCAAGGACAAGUAGCGUCACUCUGCAAGCCAUUCGAGAAGCUCCAAGUAUGCGGCUGCCCUCGUACGUGCCGGGAUCCAGCACCAGAUUGCAAGGCCGUCUGCCGGCCUGGCUGCUUCUGUGAAGAGGGACAGGUUCGAGAUGAUGAAGGAAACUGCAUCAAACUGGCUGACUGUCCUCCUAUUUUAGCAGCCUAUAAACAAGAUACGACGGAGCCCCGUCCCAACGGGGGCCGGUGUCCAGACAAUGAGGAGUACAGGUUCUGUGAGCCCUGCCACAAGACCUGUGAGAACCCCAACCCCAUCUGUCCUGCCCAGUGCGCAAGGGGGUGCUUCUGCAAAGAUGGGCUGCUUCGGGACAAAGAUGGCGCCUGUGUUCCUAAGGACAAAUGUUCUAAUAAAAUUCCAGACCCAAAGCCCAUUCAAUACCAGAUGACCUGCAGUGAGCACCAGGUCUACAAGCGCUGUGAGACCUGUGCCAAAACCUGCAGUAACCCAAACCCUAAAUGUCCGACCCCUUGUGCCAUGGGGUGCUUCUGUGAAGAAGGAUACGUCCAGUCUCCCAAUGGCCAAUGCGUCAAGUUAGAAGACUGCCCAAAAGGUAACUGGGACGAACUUAAUGGGGUGUUCUCUAAUUUCUGGCUAUAA